GACCUCCUCCAUUGGAUUUCUACUACAUUCUCUCGAAAUUAGUCGCUGUAAGAUAAAUUUGUGUGUGACAUUUAGACUCAGAUUUGACUAUAACGGAGAUAACGCAAUCAUUGUUCGAGAUCAAAGAAUGAAAAGAUAAACAAUUAGACGAAUAGUAGCAAUGUCAGUGGAUGAUAUAGCAGAGAUCCAGAAUGAUGUCGGAGACAAAUACAUUAACUGCCAUCGCUACUCCCUACCAGCCACUACCAAACGGCGGGCUUGUCACACAUGAAUUAAAGGAAAAGACACGAUUCGGGCUACCACAAAGUCCACAGUCGCUUCAAAAUGGAGCCAUUCUGAAGGCCAGGAAAGAAAACAACUCCAGUACUAAACUGUCUGCAAAUGCUACAAUGAAAAGCAUGGAAGAAAUGUCUGAACAGGAUCUGGAUUGCGAAACUCCCGGAGACGAUUAUGGUGUUGAGUCCAAGCGCGAUGAAAUUGUUAGUUGGGAUGGAAGCGAUGUAAGCGAUAUUGAAAACUUUGAAGGUGAAAUAGUUUACAGACCUGAUGGCUCUGCCUUUCUCACUGAUAAUUCUGAAUUGCUUGAAUACAACGAGAAACUCGCAGACAAUGCAUCUAAAGGCGAAAACGUUAAUGAAAACCAUACCUCUCGUCCCCCGAUUGUAAAUUCGUUACAUAUACCUGCUUACAUGACAAUGAGAAAUUUUGCGCAGUUUGAGGCCGAUUUGACAAAACAGUACUCUAAUCCGGUGGUUCACAGUUUCCGUGUUUACGACAUGCGACACAAUGAUGAGAACAAUUGGGAAGAAAAUGACAGUAGUGUAAAAACUAAAAGUGAAUUAUUCACCAAGAACACAAAUAAAAAUAACCAGCACGGUGAAACAUUGGAAGGACAUGGGAAACCAAUUCUCAUGUGCUUUUUAUGUAAACUCUCGUUCGGUAAUUCCAAAUCAUUCCUUACACACGCUACAAGUGAACAUAGACUGGAACUGAAUGAGAAUGAGCGCAAAGUUAUGGCACGGAAAAACCAGUCGGCCAUUAUACAAGGCCACGGAAAGGAAAAAUCCCCACUUCUAUCAUUCCUAGAAUUAAAGUCCACCGAAAACCCACCACCAUGGAUAAACAGCUCAAAGCCACAUUCUGAAACCAACUUCUUUCCAUCACUGUUCCCAAUUCAAACAAUGAACUACAAAUAUCCAACAACUACAUGCACAUCUACUAAAGUAGUAGAAUCAUCCUGUAAUGAUACAUCACCUUCACACAAGUUUAAAGAGAUGAAUGAAAGACACAGUACUGAGAAUGAUAGUGACACAGAAAUUGGAGAUCGCUUGGAAAAUGGCUCCUCACCUGGUGCUGAUUCAAAUCACAAUACACCUGUGUGUAAUUCAAAUGAAUCUGAAAUAGAAUCUACCCCAUCUGAGUUCAACUCCUCAGACAGGACUUUACACAAACAAGUAGAAGAGUUAUACGAAAAGGCAAAGGAAACCAGCCAAAAUGUGUGUGACUUUAAGGUACCUACAAGCAAUGCUAAUGAAUUCAGUGAAGCGGAAGGUGCAAGCGAUGAUAAUAAAGAUGGUGCUCAGCAACAAUCAAUGACAAGAGACAUGCGACCCGACAGUUGUGAAGGAACUAGCAAUUUUGUAUUCACUGAGAGUCCCCUGUCUGUCACCUCAAAUCCUGACUCCGAUACACAAUACCCAUCAGAAGGUGAUCAUCAUGUUGCCAACAGUAGUGUGGAGUGCCCAAAAUGCGACAUGGUAUUAGGGUCUUCACGUUCUCUAGGAGGUCACAUGACGAUGAUGCACUCAAGGAAUUCCUGUAAAACAUUGAAAUGUCCAAAAUGCAAUUGGCAUUAUAAAUACCAGCAGACAUUAGAAGCACACAUGAAAGAGAAACACCCGGAAUCUGACAGCAAAUGUGUUUACUGCGAGACCAAUCAACCCCACCCACGCCUUUCCAGGGGUGAGACUUACACUUGUGGCUACAAGCCAUACCGGUGCGACAUCUGCAACUAUUCAACUACCACAAAAGGCAAUUUAAGUAUUCACAAUCAGUCUGACAAGCAUCUGAACAAUCUGAAGGAACUUCAAAAUGGUGGGGAACACUUGUACCUCCAGACCAAUAUUGAUGUCCCGGGAGGGACCAAACCAAAACCGAAGCAGACAUGGCGCUGUGAUGUUUGUGAUUAUGAAACAAAUGUUGCCAGAAAUUUACGCAUUCAUAUGACAAGUGAAAAGCACAUGCAUAACAUGCUGGCUAUUCAACAGAAUGUCUCUCAAAUGCAACGAGAAAUGACAAAAUUUGGUCCAUUCCAGUCUGAGGAGUCGGUAUAUGCUGCUUAUAUGACGCAGCAGUUGAUGCCAAUGAUCUCACCAGAUGGCACUGCGGUUGACAUGCAGAACCUGAUGGCUCAAUAUGCCUAUGAUCCAGCAGCUUAUGCUGCAUUGGUGAAUGGAAUGCAGAUGAUGCCACCUCAGCAGCAACAGGAAGAGUACAUGGAUGAAUCAACAUCAGAGAGUGAUGAUCCAACAAAGAACCGUCCUCUCUACCAGUACCAUUGCUCUGUAUGUAACAAAUUUAGCACAGAUGAUUUAAAGGAACUGCAGUUACAUCUGCAGCGUGACCGCAACCAGCCUUGUGAAGAUCUUUGGCGCCUUGUUAUUGGUGACCUACAGCAGUGCGUACUAUGCAAUUACAGCACGCAUUUAAAAGCAAAUUUCCAGCUGCAUACAAAGACUGACAAGCAUAUGCAAAAGUUACAGCUGUUCAACCACAUCCGAGAAGGUGGCAAGCAAAAUGAAUGGAGGCUAAAAUAUUUGAAUGUUGGCAAUCCCACCCAAGUUCGUUGCAAUGCUUGUGAUUUUUACACUUACAGUGUGGAAAAACUUGGAGCACAUUCCCAGCCUGGUAACUAUAGACAUGAAUCAAAUAUGAAAAUGUUCAGAAGACUUCAGCAAUUGAAGAUAACUGUGAAUUCAGAUUCAAAGAGAUUCCACUGUACUCUUUGUAAUUAUUCCACAAAGGGCAAGAUGAAUCUUAUGCAGCAUAUCCAGUCAGUACAGCACCUAAGGAAGGAACAGGAUACAGACGAUGACAAUUCACCAGCCAUCACACCUCCAUCACCAUCAUCUGCUGAAGGUGCAUUGGAUCUUUCAAAGAAAGACAAGCCAUCACCAACUGGGAUUGAUUCAAAGGAUUCUUCAGAAGAGAGUAACACAAGAAAUCAGUCAGUCGAAGAUGAAGAACACAACUCAAAUACUAAUCAGAUAUAUAAUUGCAGGUACUGCAAAUAUACCAGCAUUGAUCAGCAACGUAUUACUGCACAUGUUUUAUCUCAACACAGCAUCAAACCACCUGCUUUGCUACGUUGCCCUCUGUGCCAAGAAAUCUGCACCAACAAGAUUAAUUUGGAGGUACAUCUAAUGGAGUCUCACAGCGUAUCAAGAGAAUGCAUUCAACGUCUGAUUUCAUCGUUGGAUUAUAGUGAGUAUGGAACAGGUGGCGGUUCAGUUAUACCUCAAUCUCAAUCCCAAUCCCAGUCACAAAAAGUAACCGAGACAGGAGUCACUGAAGUAGUAGAACGACCACCAUCAAAUUCAAGAGAAUCUCCCUUUUCUGAGGAUUCUGUAGAUAUUUACAGAUGUCAGAAAUGUCAUCUAAAGUUUGCAAAUAUUGAUGAUCUUUAUGCUCAUCAGAAUGAUACAUGUCCCUUGACUGAGCAGGACACACCAGGAGGCCCAGGCUUUCUUUGUUGGAAGAAAGGAUGCAAUCAGUAUUUUAAAACAGCAUCUGUUCUACAAAUGCACUUUAAAGAGAUUCAUGCUAAGAAACACCAACUGCAGCAAAACUAUAAAUUCUACUGCAGUCAAUGUAACCAGUCAUUUCCAACAGAAGAGAGACUGGAGCUUCAUGCUCAACAGCACUUGCUCAAAGAGGCCACCAUCUGUAGCAUCUGUCAACAGAACUUUCAUACUUUUUCUGCUCUCCGUAAGCAUCUAGAAAACGACCAUCUGGAACUAAGCAAAGGAGACCUUCACAAAUUUGUCAAUGCUCUAUCUGAUUCAGAAAAGUUUUCAAACUCGGUGGAGGAAGCACAAGAAGCUGAGGCUGAUGAUGCUUCUCCAGAGUUGCCGAGCCACCAUGGCUCUUCCUCAAUUGACAGCAUCUUUGCCAGUUGGAAUGAAGAAGCAGAAAAGCCAACCGAUGAAAGUUACACAGAUGCCAAUAAAAAGUUUAAAUGUCAUCGGUGUCACUAUGGAUUCAGACUUCAGAGUGAAUUGUCUGCUCACAACAAGACUCUGCUUCAUAGAAGAGGGGAUAGAAUACCAUACACAUUACCUGUUGUUGAUAAAUUCAACAACCCUAAUCGACCAUUCAAAUGCGAUGUCUGUAGGGAAUCAUUCACACAAAAGAGCAUCCUGUUGGUUCAUUUGAAUUCAGUGUCUCAUUUACACAAAUUAAAUAAGACAUUGAGCAAUGAAUCAGAAGCAGAACCUAUUGCUGAACUAAAGGAUGAAAAGCCUUUUAAAUGUGAAAUCUGCAAAGUGGCUUACAGUCAGUCUACCACAUUAGAUAUCCAUAUGCGGUCAGUUCUCCAUAAAAGAAACACUGCAAAACAUGCUGAAAGUAAAGCAUCAGUAAACAACAAUGAGCAGACUAAAAGCCCUACAAUGUCUACUGCUGAGCCGCCACAGCAACAACAUCAACCUUCUCUUGCAGAGAAAGCAAUGGAAAAAAUAGAUGAAAAGCUGGAAGCUGAACGAGAGAAAAUGAAAGAGGCUGAUGUGAAGGUGGAACAACUAUGUGAUCAGGAGUUACAUCAACAGCAUCAUAAGUUACAGCAACUGCAUCUGCAAUCAGCAAAGGAUGAUCUAAGGGGUGCCAGCAUGGCACACUUUGCUGAUGCACAAGCUCAGGCCCAAGCAAUGGCCAACAUGGCUGCUGCUAUGAUGCUGCAUAAUCCUAUGUUGCCACAACAGAAUCUGUAUUGCUGUGACAAAUGUACAUCUGUGUUUGUCAGUCAAGAAGAUUUACUGAAGCAUCAACAGAUGAGUUGCUAUGCUGUUGAUGAACCAGAACCUUUGUCUCCUUCCCAGCUUAGCCAGAAGAUGAUGGAUCCAACACUGAUGCUUAGACGGAGACGUUCAGCUAUUCAAAGGCGUCUCCUAGAAGGUUAUGGGUAUGAUCUAGUUCAGCAGUUUAAUGAAUCAGCACAGGGCUUACCAGCAAGCAUUGCUGAGAAGGAUAAAUUUUCUUGUUUGGACUGCAAGAAAGAAUUCUCUAGUAUUUGGGUUUACAAGGCUCAUGUAGAAGAAGUCCAUAGGAGCUUAUUGCCUAGUGAUGAUGUAGAAAUGUAUUCACAAGAUUAUAGAACGGAAGAAUUUGCAAUGGCACUUGCAGCUGAAAAUGAGUCCAAGCCAAAAGCAGAACCAACAUCCGUGAAGCAAGAGAAAGACAUUGAUAAACCAACCGGAACUGGUCAACCCUUACCGGGAAUUACUCCCCAGCAGCUGAAUUCAAAAGACCAGAUCUUACAGAAGCAAGGAUCACAAUCCCAGCAGGAACAAUCACAACAUUUACAAGCUCAGAUGACCGCUCAGGCACUAUCAGCCCAGGCUAUGGCUUCACAGCAGUUGUUUAUGGCCAAUUCAUUCCCCUUUGGCAUGGUGCCUCCAAUGCAAGCCAUGCUUCCUGGAGUACAGGCGGUAUACCCUGUACCUGCCAUGCCUCAUAUGCAACCAAUACAAUACCUUGAUCCAAACUACAUGCAGAAGUCUCCAAAACGAGCACGGACACGCAUCAGCGAUGAUCAACUUAAAAUUUUGCGUGCUUACUUUGACAUUAAUAACUCUCCAAGUGAGGAGCAGAUUCAAGAGAUGUCACAGAAAUCUUGUUUGCCUCACAAAGUUAUCAAACACUGGUUUAGAAAUACGCUGUUCAAAGAGAGACAACGGAAUAAAGAUUCUCCAUACAACUUUAACAAUCCUCCAACCACAUCUCUGCUAGAACCACCUGAAUCACCGGUUAUCAAACAGGAAAGCAUGAAGCCACUAGCCCUUACAACAGCAGAUUUGAUACCUUCAUCAUCUUAUGCACCAAGAAGUAUGUCAAUAAAGAGGCCAUCAGAAUCUUCUGUUUCGUUUGCCCCACCUCAUGCAUCAAGAUCGGCCAUUCUCUCAUCAACUACCUCAGAAAUCAGUAUGAGUCCAGCUACCUCUCCUACUUUGAUGUCACCUAUACUCUCAUCACCACCCUUCACAUCACCUCUAACAUCACCAUGUGCUGCCACUGGCUCAGCACCUCAGAGCCCAAGUCACAGUUCUAAAAGGGCAGGGCGUACAAGAUUCACUGAUUACCAAGUGAAAGUCUUGCAGGAUUUUUUUGAGUCAAAUGCCUACCCGAAGGAUGAUGAUCUGGAACACAUGUCAAGGAUGCUGAAUCUGAGCCCAAGGGUGAUCGUGGUCUGGUUUCAAAAUGCAAGACAGAAAGCUAGAAAGGUGUUCGAGAACCAACCAGCACCUGAAGGUGAUGGGGAUGGAGAUGGAGUAAGAUAUAAAAGAACCCCUGGUUUGAAUUACCAAUGUAAUAAAUGCUUCUUGGUAUUCCAGAGAUUCUACGAACUAAUUCGUCAUCAGAAAUCCCAGUGCUUCAAAGAGGACAGUGGAAUGGAAUCGGCUUCAGAGAGCAGCCCAUCUGGUCAGGAGAUCCCAAUCAAUAAGUAUUCAAAUAAGAGACAUGCUUCAACAUCCAGUGUAGCCUCAGACUUGCCUACUCCUAAAGAGAAGCAGCCAAAACUGAAUGCUGAAUCUAGAGAUGGUAAAGUUGGUAGAGAUAGUAGCGAUGGUAGAGAUAGGGAUGGUAGAGAUAGAGAGAGUAGAGACACCAGAGAGAGCAGAGACACCAGAGAGAGCAGAGACACUGUCAAAUCUGAAGAGAAGAGCAGCAGAAGCUCAUCAUCUGGACCUGUAGUGCACUACCAGUGUGAGAAGUGCAGUAUGGUCUUCCCACACUUUGAACAAUGGCAAGAACAUCAACAGGUUCAUAUGAUGGGCAUGAAUUUAUUUGGUGGAUACAUGCAACCUCAGAUGCCUUACAACAUGAUGUACAUGCCUUAUGAACAGGGUAUGACUCCUGAGCAAUACUUCAACUACAUCACUGGUAAAGAAUUGGCUGCAAAGUCACCAUCUAAGAGGAAACAUUCAGAGGCCAGUGAUGAAGCAUCUGGUUCGACAUCUUCUGACCCAUCAACAGAAAUGAACACCAGCUCGGCAGAUCAACCACGAGACAAACGUCUGAGAACUACUAUCUCAGCUGCUCAACUUGAUGUGUUGUACAACAAAUAUCAGGAAGAUAGUAACCCUACAAGGCGUAUGUUGGAUAUGAUAUCUAAGGAGGUUGGCUUGAAAAAGAGAGUUGUACAAGUAUGGUUUCAAAACACCAGGGCUAGAGAACGCAAAGGCCAAUUCCGUAUGAGUGCACCAAAUAACAUCCACAGACGUUGCCCAUUCUGCAAGGCACUGUUUAAAUUAAAGAGUGCACUUGAAGGCCAUAUAAAAAUACACCACAGUGACCAACAACUAACACCAGGAGCUAUUGACAGCAUUCUAGCACAGUCACCAUCUCAAGUUAGCCCAGGGCCUAUCAUUGAUAAUGAACAGGCUAUGAAUUUAUGCAUGAACAAAUCUGUGAACCGUGAUGGAGACAUAUCGGAUGAAUGCAGCAAGUAUGACAUUAGUAAAGUCAAGAGCGAAUGUAUUUCUCUUGGCAGCAGCAAGUAUGAAAGCUUGGAUGUGAAAACUAAUGGUUCUGUUGAAGUGGAUGAGGAUAUAGAAUCCAAUAUAGAUGAUGAUGACUUGGCUACAAUUGGAACCAAGGAUUCAGACCUCAUGUCACCAGUUGGAAGCAUGCUCGGAGAUGAGAUUGUUGAAACGGCACUUUCAGAGACUGGUUCUGUCGGACCGAGUGAGGAUUCUAUUAGUAUGGCAGAUGAAUCAGAUAGUCAGAAAUCAAAAGAUUUUACCAAGCGGUAUCGGACACAGAUCGGUCCAUCACAGUUGAAAGUUUUGAAGCAUUGCUAUGGUGACUACCGCACCCCAACAAUGCAUGAAUGCGAGUUGCUGGGACGCGAGAUUGGUUUACCUAAACGUGUAGUUCAAGUGUGGUUCCAGAAUGCAAGAGCAAAAGAGAAGAAAAUCAAAACUAAUUUCACCAAACAGAUUGGACUGAUGAGCUCUGGAGAAAAUGAAGAAGGAAGCUGUAGGCUGUGUAAUGUGAAUUACUCAUUGAAUAUGUCGGUCAGAGAUCACAUCUUUACCGAGAUGCAUAUUCGUAACAUUCGAAGAAAGGUUGGCAAAGAUAUACCAGAAACAGACACGUAUACUGGUGAAGGCUCCCUAGUUGAUCAUGCAUCUGCACAGAGUAUGAUGGCAAACCAAGCUGCUUUGAUGCAACAGAGUAUGCUGUCACCAAUGGCAGCAGCUCAGAUGCAAGCAAUGCAGCAAGCGAUGUCUGCCCAGAUGUCUGCCCAGAUGAUGUCUCCACAGCUACAACAACAGAUGCUCCGUGCUGCACAAAAUGAGGCUGUUGGCAAGAUCAAGAAGGAGAGUGGAGUUGAUGAGAAAGGUGAAGCCAGAAGCCCAAGUGCCUCCUCCUCUGCCUCUAGUGGAGCAGCUGCUGUUGCAGCACAGAUGAACAUGGCAGUCGCUAGAAAUGAUGCAGCUCUUGUACAGUACCUCUAUGGAACCUUCGCACCAUACUAUGCACAAAUGCCGUUCAUGUAUCCAGCCAUGUAUGCUAUGGGUGGUAAUGAGGCUUUCUAUCCUUACGACCCGUCAACAAUGCAAGGUGCCAUCCCUCCUCAGUUGCUUCAGUCAUAUGGUGGCCUAGCCGCUGCUCAGGAAAACCAAACCUCAUCCCCAAAGCCUGAAAAAGCUCCUAGUAAAGCUCCUUCAUCCACCUCCUCUCCAUCAUCAUCAUCGACAUCAUCAAAGCAGGAGACAAAAUUUUCCAAGGACAAAGAAGGAUUAAUUCUUCGACCAAAAUCUUCAACUAACCGGUAUCUUUGCAAGAAAUGUGAGCGUGUGUUUACGGACCGGGAUUCAGUCACUUCCCACCAAGUGACUGCAUGUUAUAUGGGUCAAGUGGUAAACAUAGAGCAGACUGUUGAAAAGCUGCCGUCCAACCGUUUUCUAUGCCAGGCAUGUCCUCGAGAGGCUUUAAUAACAGAAGAGGAUGCGAUGAAACAUUUGGAGAGCAGUAAACAUAGGAACCAAGUUGAACAACACCUAAAGACCAAGACAUCAAAUUCUACCAAAAAGGAUGAUUGAAGUAUUCUUAAGGACAUUCAGAUAGAAAAUUGAACAUUUCCAUGUAGAAAAAACUGACCAAAAUUCAGUAAGCAUGAUCAGAUGGAGCAACCAUGUUUGUCUUUAGAGAGAAGCCAUGUUUGUCAUGGAAAUGAAGUGUUGUCAAAAUUUUGAAGAGAGAUGCAUUAAGGGACUGAUUGCAAUUAAAAUGAAAGCGAAAAGUGAUUCUAAUAGUCAUGUAUAUGUUUUAGCUGCAAGACUUUAUUAUCAAUAUGCAAACAGUCUGUAUAAGGAUAUCAGAUCAAUUUUUUUCUGUUGAGUAAUUAUAAGAAAUAUGUCAUACCCAUCAGAGAUUUAAUAACGGAUUUAUAUCAUUGUGGAUAUGCGCUUGUACUGUAAUUAUAUUAUAUUUUUUUGAAAAAUUUUAUUCUGUGGUGCUGCUGAUGGGUUUUUAGUAUAAUCUCGAUAGAUAGAAGAAAUAUUCAUAAAAAAUGUAUAAUUAUUUCUCUGCGUUUAAUAUUUCCAGUAAAUUUGGAAUACAUUUCCCCGGUAUAGUAUGAGCUUAUAUAUUGCGAUAUUAAUGAAAUGAAAUUAAGGUUCUUUUUUACAUAGAUACCUUCUGCUUGGAUUUUAAGUGUGUUCGAUUGUUAUGUUAAUAAUAAUAAUAUUGUCAGCAUGGCUUAUAUUUUAAUAUAUAAUGCGAAUAUUUUAAAGUUUUUGUUGAUAAAUUACUAUAGUAUCACAUGAGGUGAUCGCGUGAUUCAGUGCGAUUUAUUUGUUCAGUUUACCCGCAAAUCAUUGUUCAAAAUCGAAAGAUUUUUACAAAGGGUAGAACAAUCAUGAAGAGUAACGUGAUGUUACGUUGCAAGACAUAGAAUAUAUUUCUUGGCUGAAAUUUCAAUUAUUAAUCAUGUCCAUAGUCGUUGUCAACUGACGAGUGAAGCGACAUUUUUAAAUCUGCCCUCUAUUAGUCUAUUCCAUGUAAUUAACAUUCAUCUUAAGGUUGAUUUGUGUACAAACUUAAGAGGGUGCUCUGUUUAUGCAUUUGUUUAGCUGUCUCACGAAGACGCUAAACUCCCUUGAUGUUAGGCUGAAAAGAUAUUUUAAUUUUUUUUUUUAUAAUCUGCAUGAAUUUUAAAUAAUUUUAUCACCUUUGUUUAAAUUUGUUUUUUAAUUUUGUAUGUUUUCUUUUCAUAUUGACAUAGAUUCUAUAACCAUAUUAAUUUUUUUAAAUUUUAUUUUGUAUUAAAGUGUAGUAGCAAAUUUAUAGAAUAGAGAAUUUAAUGCUUUGACAUAUGUUAAUGCUAUUAAAUAGGGAGAUAUAUUUUGCUAGUUUGAAGGCUACCUUCUGUAAAUCAUUUAUAUAAUCAAUUUAUCAAUAAGAUAUUCAUUUUGUUAUUUUAUAACCCGCAGUGUAUUUUAAAUUUUAGUACUUUGCAUGCUAUGCUUAUUGCUACCUUGAAUAUUCAAAUGACCAUAUGAAGGUCAUGAUUGGUGAAUCUUUCCUUAGAUAAUACAUAUUCAUGACCAAUAAUGAGUACUACUAGUCUGUGAUUGGUCAAUUGCGAAAUGAAAUGAUGUAAUGCUGCGGCCAUUUUGUGAUGUUUUUAGCUUAUGUACUGUACUUCACUGUAUCCCUUAGCUUGUGCUGCAUAUUAUUUUGUAUACUGUUUGUGUAUUAAUUGUUUUAUUGCUUAGGGAAUCAACAAAUAGAGUCAGAAAAAAUAUGUAUGUGAUUAUUCUCAAGUCUGCUAAAAGCAAAAAAAAGUCGAAUGUAGCUUUUUAAUACAUGUAAGAGUGUUGCAAACUAUAAUGGAGCUCAUAAAUCUUUUUAUAAGUAAAUGAAGAAACCGACAUGAUGUCAACAAAAAAAUGAUAAUAAUAAUAAUUACUGUGUGAUUAAACUAUAUGAUAAUAGUAGAUUUGAAAACAAUUGAGUAAGUGGUGUAUAUAUUAUAAGCUCCAUGAACAUCCUGGUUAGUAAGAAUUCUGGGUAAAAAAUCUGUAAUAUAUACGCACAUGUGAUGGGUCUAUAGCCUAUAAACAGACAAGACCAUAUUAGUAUGCUACUUUGAAUAUCUUGAUUAUCAACCAUGUUUUACCGGUUCCUUAUGUUCAUGACACUCAAUCAAAUUAUAUGUAAUGGGUCAUGUGAUAUCAAAGGUAUGUUUAAGUGUUUUUAUAGGUUCACCUCUUAAGAAAUGAAGACCAGUGAUUUUGUUUUCCUAAUAGCAAUUUGUAUGCAUAUUUCAUUUUAUAAAUCGUUAUUUUUCCAUAGUUUUAUUUCUCCGAUUUUUAAUUUCAAAAUUAUUCUUGUAUAUUCAGUUUUAUACAUCCUGAUAGUUUCUACCUUCUGACCAAAUUGGUGUACGAAGUUUACAUAUGAGUGCUUGUGAGGGCGCUAUUUAAUCGGGUGCAUUCUUACUCAUUUUUUUUGUCAUGUUUGUAUGUGCGUUUGUGUUGAAUUGUCUCUAGUAGGCAUCCGUACUACGUGUGCCGUUGUAGCGGUACAAAACCCUUGUUAAUUCUCACUUUAGUGGUAGACAUGCCAAACCCCUUUAUAUAAAUGGUCAUGUUAUUAAAACGUCAUACAUUCAAUGACAAGAAACUA